AUGCAACCAAAUCAUUGCGACCUGCUCAGUCAGGUGCGCGAAUCCAGAGCCGCAAGUCAAGUGAUACAGGAUGGCCAAGUUCACGGUCAGGCCCAACCAUCCGGUGCAGUACCCAUGAGAUCAGAAGACUCGUGGAUCGAAGUAUCAUCUCAACCCUCAACUUCAUCACUGUCCUCGACUGCUACAAAUGACGAUAUUAUCACCACGGGCUUACAAGUGGACAAUCACGAAGCAGGCAUGUAUCGGCGCCGCCGUCGUCGACGAAUACAGGAACUGGCAGCUAUCACCACUGCCCAAGUACAUUACUCGUCCCAAGAAGGAAGUGUGGCCAGCAGCAGCCAAGACGAAUAUGAAGAAAGUGAAAGCGAAUCAGACCAGCCUAUGAGCAGCUCAAAUGAGGACAUCGAUGGCCCAACUAUACCUGGAUUUCAACCUUCAUCUCAUGUCGACGAUGAUUCUAGUGAAGAUGAAGACGACUCUUCUACUGCACUCGGAAUGGGUAUCAGUCCAUCUCCCUUCGUACCUCAACCAAACAUCUUCAGCCACCCUCCAGUAACUAGUGAUCCAUCAUGGACUCGGUCACACCGCUCUCAGCCCAGCGAGAUAUCGAACUGCAGUCGCCGUACAGCUAUUCGCAGAGAUUCUCACACAGCUGUACGAUCGUCCCGCCGAUCCCCUUACCCAACUCAGCACAGUCCAUAUAAUAUGAUUUCGCCUUCUUUUCAUGCAGAUCAUGAUGCCGCCCUGAGAGCAAGUCUCUCCACUCUUCUAUCUUGUGCAGCUGCUGCACGUGGACUUCCCAAGCCAGAAAAUCACCAGCCCUUGUCAUCAAGCCCUCCGGGUAAUACCCAACCAUCUUCUUUCCGACUUGUCGGAGAAUCAAUAGCCAUGGGCGAGGAAACUGGCGAGGCUCCGUCUUCGCCUCAAUAUCCAGAUACCAGUCCUUCAAUAGCCCCAUCCAAUCGGAGACACCCUCAUGUCACAACAUCGCCAUCUAUCCCCACGAAAGCCAAGCGCCGAUCAAGUUCUCCCAAAGAUCGUAAUGCUUCGACUAAGAAGAGUCGCCGCACUAGUAUAUCGGAAUCAACGGCACAGAUUAGUCCAACUGUUAUGACUUGGGUCAUCAGUGCUGGAGUGGUGGUUCUUUUCUCUGCUAUCAGCUUUUCAGCGGGCUAUAUGCUUGGACGUGAAGUGGCUCGAGCGGAGAUGGGCUACAUGGGUGAUGGCAGUGUUCCAGGGGCACGGUCUUCAGCUGCGUGUGGCCAGGAGGCAGUCCGAGGCGGGCUCAAGCGAUUCCGCUGGGGAACAGCUGCCGCCGGGUCUGCAAGCCUAGCCUGA